AUGCCAAAUGUUAAACUUGCCUUUGAAAGGUAUAUGGAUUUUGUCAAAAUACAGCGACGGGAGUCAAUGCUUAAAUGGUGCUUGGAGCUUCCGUCAUGUGUGCUAGGACCUGAUACGUCAAUUGCUUCGAAUAAAUUAUUCAGAGAUACAAUGCCAACUUCUGAAAUCCGGAAACAAGGGAUAGCAAUACCAUUGGUACUAAAGACUAUAAUAAAUCCGCAAUUGAGAACUAUGGUAUCAAUAAGAAAACACUUGAGGCUUAUAAAACGAGAUUUUACUUCCACCACUACCCGUUUUUUCGAUAACAACUUUGAUAUAUUGAUUGAUGGUGAUACAAGUGAUAGUCAAGUUCGAGAAGACGCACAACAGAAGUAUGAAGACAUCUGCUCAGAAUUGAAAUUUUUCGACAACAAUUAUCCAGAAGCUUUCACACCUGACAUUAUAAUGAAAGUAUCCAAACUUUUUGAUUGGCUAUAUUCCAACAAACAAUUCAGCAUUGCAAACAACCUACUCCAUAAAAUAUGCCCCAAUUAUGAUAUUUUCUUUAAAUUCAAUCAGUAUAGCAAAAUGAUUGAAGUUUUUGACAAAUUCGGGAAACCGGAUGAUUUGUUUCAAUUUUGCGAGGUUUUCAAAUAUGAUAAAAUACCCAACAUUUGGAGAAAAGUCGAUAGGUUAGGCAAUGAUGAAUCUGUCACUCAAUUGAUAAAGCUUUCAGAUGUUAGACUUUUUGAGGAAGCUAAACUGCUGUUGGAUAACCUUUUGCAGGAUGCAUCACCCAACGGUCUUAAAUAUUUUACUUUCCGUGUAUGCUCAUCGCUCUACAAAAAGUUUGAUUCCAACUCAAAAAAUCAACUUUAUGAUUAUUUACUACACUUGAGUGAACCAUUGAAAAAAUUCUUUCCUCCUUCACUAAUAUCUCAAUUAGUUGCCACCUAUUCUUCUGAUGCAAAACAUGACCUUGAUUCACAAUAUCUUUUUUUGGAAAGUUUCAUGAAAAUGCACUAUAACCCUGAUGAUAUCAAUGAGAACUCAUACCAGUACAAACUAAUAUCAUCCUUGCCUAAGGACUCCUCGCCGAUCUUAAAAUUUAAACUCUGGUUUGACUACUGCUAUAAUGAUGAGAAAUUGAGAUAUGAUCGAGAUAUACGACCAAUCAUUUAUUUGCGAAACAACAAACUGCAUUUUGUUCCACGAUAUUUCGAGAAAGUUUUGGGCUUCGACACAGUUAAAUUGAACACUGUCUUUUCGAUACUCAUAUAUACACACAGUAAAUACGAGCCUGGAUCGAGUUUGGGACAAACGUUUUAUCAAUUGAAAAAGAAGCUUCUUUUACCUAUCAGUGGAGCUGACAAGAUCGGAUAUUUAAGAUCUUUGACGAGUUGUAAAAAAUAUUCCAAGGCAUUCAACUUUUUGCAACAAUGUUUGAAGGAAAACCCUGAGUUUGAAACUGAUGAAACUUUGAACCCGAUACUCAUUGUUUUGGCCAAGAAUAAAGAUUGGAGCCAAUUAGAAAGUAUCUACAAUGAUAGAUAUGAACAUAAUGAAGUCAUCUCGAAAGAUCAGUACAUUACUCUUUUUAUUGCAUUGUCUAUCAGACCGGGAACCAACAAAAUAAUCAUGGAACUUUGGGAAAACUAUUUGAAGAGAGGGUUUGAACCGAAUGAUCAAAUUCUCUCAUCCAUAAUUCUUUGUUUCAUAAAUAACAAAUCUUAUGAAGAGUCCUUACAAUGGUUUACUGCAUACUCUCAUUACAAUGUUGAUUUGACAUCAAAGUCGUAUGGGUUGAUGCUUUAUGCACUUGCCGGAAUGAAAAACACAGAAUCUAUUUUCCGAGUUUUGGAUGAAUUAACCAAGAAAAGUGUCCGAUUACCGAAAAACAUUUUCUCUCCGGUGUUUGUGCAGCUUGCAGAGAUGGGUGACUAUAAGAGUAUUGAGACCAUUUUGGCCACCUAUUAUCCUCAGUUCAAUCUCUCUGUCGAGAGAGAUGAUACAAGAUGGAUCAUGAAAAGUCAUUACCAUGCUAAUCGAUUCACUUUAAUUAUAAAAGAUUAUAUGGGUAUGGGGGAACACGAAAUUUUAUACAAAGACAGUUUGAUGGCCUUAGAGAGUGCGAUAAAAUACAGUGAUGUCAAAACAUUCGAACAAGUGUGGACGAAAGCUUAUGCGAUUCACAAUCUCAGAGGUGACUUGGAUAUCAAAGCCUACAUUCAUUAUAUGGCAUAUUGGGUUAGAAAGUAUGGUGCGUUUGGUAUUGAAAUGAAGUUGAACGAGAUAAAGCUACAACUCAAUUGCCAGACCUUUCCCACAAUAUUGUUCAACCAGAUGAUUUUUUCAUGUUUAAGAACGCACAGGCCAUGGUUAACGAAGAAGGUUGUUAGAAUAGCCUUAAUGCACAAUGUGGUGCCGUCACCCAAAACCUAUUCUCUAAUUUUACAAAGUAACGUAUGCAUGCCAUGGGUGGCGAGAAAUAGUAUAGAUGAGACUGUGACUAUUCUCGAGGAAUUUUUGGUCAACAGAAAGGAGGAUAAGUUUGGUAAGCUGAAUGAUGACAUCAACCCGAUGUCUUUAAAGCUAGUAUUGAAAGCUGUUAUCAAAUACCAGGACGUGUAUGAGGCUCGAAGGUUGUUUGAGAUAUAUGUGGAGUCAUCGAGGGAUAAUCUUCUUGACAACCUUCAUAUUCUAAAUAUUGAGUUGAUGCUUUUGGGUGAGGAGGAGCGUUGGGUGGAGUUCGAUGGCUGUUAUGAUAGAUACAUGACGCUGUUGUUCAAGUUGAUUGAGAAGGCGAGAUUCCGGGAUAAGGAAUUGAACAAAAGAUUUGACAACGAUGAGUUCAGCAGAUUGGAUGUGCAUCGAGACGUUUAUCUCCGAAGUCGCUAUGACGAAUAUAAGAUCCGAAAUUACAAGGGUACCAACGCAAAGAUUCCCAAUUGGAUUAAGAAGGCGCAUUCCGAUCUUUGGAUAUACAGAUUGAAGCAGUUGGAAGUUGCCGAAAGGUUGGGCGAAGUCAACGAGAUCAUGAAGAGCCUGAUUGCGAAGGGGUUGGUCUUUGAUAACAAGAAUUUGAACGAGACGGCGUUGUUUUUGAGCCAGAGACCAGAAGUCUUGGAGGAGGCUGCGUCUUUCAUAGACAGGUUCAUUCUCCCACACCACAUCAAGGAGAGACAGUUCAAGCUGAUGAGACUCAGAUACACCACGGACGAGCUCCCAGGGAUCCGGAAGAAGUCGACGUACAGUUUUGACCGCGAGAUCUAUUUCGAGGUGAUGAAGAAUCUCUCAGACACGCUGAACCAUCGUUUGACGCCUGAGCAGCGGGCAGAGCUCCUGAACAGCAUUUCCAACUCGCCAAAUAAGUAUAUUCUCAAGAACAUGGAGCAGAUACUCAAGGAGCGCCGCCACAUUCGUUCGAGUUACUUACAGACAAAGAAGCUCCGGACCGUUUUCUAUAGAGGUAUCCGGAGCCGCAUGAAGGCAGAGACCAAACGGAAGAAGAAGAACAUGAAUAUGUGGCGCUUGAAGGACAGCAUGGACUACAAGGGGCGGAUGCAGACAUUGAAAAAGGAGAUGGAUUACAUCAUCUGGAAGACGCAUGAGCUCACGAGCGGGGACGGCGACGACAAGCACACCCGACGGAUCAGACAGGCCAGCAAGGAGGUGCUUGAGUUGCAGCGAGAAAAGCACGUUGUCAGGGGCCGCAUGAACGAGCUCCGCAGAGAGAAGAAUAGGCAGCUCAAAGAGAUUAUAGAGAAGGACGCUGCCGGGCGCCGGGGCCGGUCUUUCAAGGUGGGCCGGCUCGACCUCAACCAGCUCUAA